GGCGCGGCCGUGCCGCCCAACUCUCGCGGCGGCCUCGCCCCCGUGCCCCCGGGGCGGUUGUCUCGCGUGCGCGGCCGCACGGUUGCGCAGACGACGCGACGAGGAUAGCGCCGCGCGGCCACGCCCCGGGCAUAAGCGUGCGUCGUGCGGUCGUGCCCUUCGGUUCUCUUCGCUGCACUCACGUCACGUUGCCACGCGCCCACGCCUCCGCUACGCGCACGCGCGCGCGCUCGAUAUGCAGGUGGACCGCCCGCGCUCCGCCCUCGGCAUCCAUAUCCGCCCGGCCCGGCCGUCGCCGCAAUAGCACACCGCACACGGCGCUCUGGUCAGAGCGGAGCACCAGCGCCCAUGCUAAACCCAGCGCGCGCUGGCCGGUUCCGAUUGGCCGCCGCCUAGUUAAUCGACUAGGAUCCUGAUUAAAUAAUUGAUUAAUUAGCACCAGGUGGAGCAUACAAAUAUACAAUGAGCCGCGGCACACGCGAAAGCAAAUCGCCGAGGAAAAGCGCGCGGCAGGAGACGGCCGAUCCCCCGUGUCCGUUGGCGAGACCCGACCAAACAACCGCCCCGCCUUUUUAGCCAGCCCGGCCGUUCGUCGCCCCCGCUCUCCCUCCCCCCACGUCUCCUCUGUCUCUCCGAUCGGCAGGAGGGAAAAGUGGACCAUCCAGCGAAGCGAGCGCCACCGUCGCCUUCGCCUCGCCAUGGAGAGGUCUCUCGACAGCAGCUACUCCUCCACCAUCAAGGACGUCACCUACAGCUGCGGGUACUGCGGCUACGCGCUGAACCUGAGCUCCUCGGCGCGAGACACGGCGGGCAUCGGCUCCAAGUACCGCAAGCAGAUCAAGAAGGGCGUGGUCGCCUUCGUCGUCGUCGACGAGAGCCGCUUCACGCUUACCGACGAGGUCGCCUGCAUGCCCUACUUCCGCUCCAGGCGCGCCUGGGGCCUCCUCAGGAAGCGCUCGCGCCUGCUCUGCCGCAAGUGCGGCGGCCGCAUCGGCGACGCCUACGACGAGGAAGACAGGGACUCCGGCCUCAGCGACGGCGACGGCGACGCCUUCUCGGACGACCUGCGCGCGAGCUCGGGCUCCGGUGGCAGCGGCAGCGGCAGUAGCGCGUCGAGCCAGAGGAGUUACGUGAUCAAGAUCAGCGCGCUGCAGCCGUCGUCAGACGAUUCUGAUGCUGUUGCCUUCACACUAUGAUGAAGAUAGAUGGCGUCGGGUUGCUUGCUGCCGGGUGCUUUUCUUCCAGCUUGGUUGAAUUCGAUUUUUGUGCUAUCAGGGAUGUGAGUUUGUGAGUGCAGGAGAAAAUACACCAAGGAAGAGCUUGUCACAGCUGAGAACUUUUCAGAGGGUAACAAACUGCAUGCUGUUUUCAGACAUCUUGCUGUCAGUAGCGCUCUUCGUUUCCUCUGUAAAUUUGUGAAGUGUACAGCGACAUGGUUGUUGAAUUUUGCUUGGUAUUAGGAAAUGAUUAGGUUUGCUGUAUGUCAGUUGAUCCCAUAGAAUCUGUACUGUGUCAUGACUCGUGAUCCACCACGGUUGCAAUUUUGAGGAGUCUUGCUUCACUUGCAUGUAUCAACUGCUUAUGAUUUAUCUUUCUA